GCAUUUCUCAGUCAAGUUCAAGGCCCUUUGGUCAUGAGUGAUUUGGGUACCCUGAAGCUCAGCGAUGGCACUGAGUCCCGGUUACUCAAUGUGGUGGAAAGCGAGCUCCAAGCAGGGAGGGAGAAGGGCGACCCCACGGAGAAGCAACUACAGAUCAUCCUGGAGGAUGCCCCUCUCUGGCAGAGGUUCAAGGAAGUCACGAAUGAGAUGAUUGUGACCAAGAAUGGCAGACGAAUGUUCCCAGUCCUGAAGGUCAGUGUGACGGGGCUGGACCCCAACGCCAUGUACUCCCUGCUGCUGGACUUUGUCCCCACUGAUGGUCACCGCUGGAAGUAUGUCAACGGGGAGUGGGUGCCUGCGGGUAAGCCCGAAGUGUCCAGCCACAGCUGCGUCUACAUACACCCCGACUCCCCAAACUUUGGGGCACACUGGAUGAAGGCGCCCAUCUCCUUCAGCAAAGUCAAGCUCACCAACAAGCUCAAUGGAGGCGGGCAGAUAAUGCUGAACUCCUUGCAUAAAUAUGAACCCCAGGUUCACAUAGUGCGAGUGGGGGGCUCCCACCGGAUGGUGAUGAACUGCUCUUUCCCUGAAACCCAGUUCAUUGCAGUAACUGCCUAUCAGAAUGAGGAGAUUACAGCGCUCAAAAUCAAGUACAACCCUUUUGCCAAAGCCUUCUUGGAUGCUAAGGAAAGGUGAGUAGGGAAGUUUCAGUGAGAUUUUAUGGACUGACCUCUGCAAAUGUGAGACUUGUGAUUCUCUUUAAAGCAACUAGAUUAGCAGCAUCUGCAUAUUACCUGUGCUAGAAACUUGUUUUCUUCUUUUUUUUAAAAAAAAUAUUUAUUUUAUUUAUUUAUUCCCUUUUGUUGCCCUUGUUGUUUUAUUGUUGUAGUUAUUAUUGUUGUUGUCGUUGUUGGAUAGGACAGAGAGAAAUGGAGAGAGGAGGGGAAGACAGAGAGGAGGAGAGAAAGACAGACACCUGCAGACCUGCUUCACCGCCUGUGAAGCGACUCCACUGCAGGUGGGGAGCUGGGGUUCGAACCGGGAUCCUUAUGCCAGUCCUUGUGCUUUGCGCCACCUGCGCUUAACCCGCUGCGCU